AUGCCUGAAUUGCGCCAAAGACAAGCUCCCUCCAGCACGGAGCCCCCCAAGUCCUCCCACGCAGAGUCCCGACCAUCCCGACACGAUCGCCGCAAUGAAGCCCGCGGCAUCAGCGUCCUCGACAUCCUGCGUGUGCUGGUCACACUGGUCGUCGCCUCCUGCGGCCUGUCGUAUUACAUGACCUCGUCAGAGUCGCUACUCUGGGGUUACCGACCGUGGUUUACGCGGUGGCCGGUGCUGUCUCGCUACCUGCAAGGCCCUCUCCUCCUUACCCCCGACCAGCUCGCCGUCUACAACGGCGCCGAUCCCGCCCUUCCGAUCUACCUCGCCGUCAACGGCUCCAUCUUCGACGUCUCCGCCAACCCGCUCGUCUACGGCCCGGGCGGCCACUACAGCUUCUUCACGGGCAAGGAUGCCACCCGCGCCUUUGUCACCGGCUGCUUCCAGGAGGACCUGACGCCCGACCUGCGCGGCGUCGAGGAAAUGUUCAUCCCCAUCGAUGAUCCCGACGAGCUGAAGACCCUGAGCAGCGGCGAGAUGAAGAUCCGCCGUGAGCAGGACCGUCGGCUGGCUGCCGCGCGCGUGCGCCAGCAGGUCCAGCAUUGGGAGAACUUCUUCCGCAACCAUAAGAAGUACUUUGAGGUUGGAAAGGUUGUCGGCGCGGAACCCGAGGCCGGGGAGCCGCGGGAGCUCUGCCAGGCUGCGAAGCAGCAGCGGCCGAAGCGGAAGGAUAUGAAGCGUGCGGCGGCCAAGGCGGGACAUCCUUGA